CUUCCCUGUUUCCAUAUUCUCCUCCUCCAACCUAUCAUCAAUCUCUUCAACCCGGACCCACAUUUCAAGUUUCUUUAGAAAUUUGAAAUCUGAGGGUCAGGCUCAAUCAUACUUGUGCAGAACGAAGAGAUCAUUGAUGAUUUUGGUUUUCUCUGAAAAAGGAGGUGGGAGAAAGGACUUAAGGGUUAUGCUCAAGUUGCAUGGAAUAAAUGAGCGAUGAUCAUCUGAGCAUUGAGCAUUUCCUUCUAAAAUUCGAGGGUCAAUCUCAAUCGUAUGAAUAAAGAGUGAAAGGUCUUUAAUGUGUUUGGUUUGCUUUGGACAAAAAAGGCGAUAAAGUCGGUUCCUUUAUGAUUCAGGAAUCGUGGGUUAUACUGAACUUGCCAUUGAAAGAAUAAGGGGAUGAUAAUUUGGGCCUUGAGCAUUACAAUAUCGACAAUUCAUGUUUCGGAGAUUAGGAUGGCUGUUGAGUCAUAGGAGUUUGUCAACGAAAAGGUUGCUCAAUGUUGAGCAACCAGACCCGCCAGCUACAACUGCUAAGCAGCUGAAUAUGGACGCUGUCCAUGAAGUUGCCAUUUAUGUUCACAGGUUUCAUAAUCUUGACCUUUUUGAUAAGGGAUGGUACAAAAUCAAGAUUACCAUGAGAUGGGAGAAUGAUGUAAACUGCUACUCGGGUAUUCCGGCAAGAGUUGUUCAGUAUGAAGCACCUGAAGUAGGCUCUGACAAUUUAUGUAGAGUUUGGAGGAUUGAUGAUACAGAUAACAGUUUUUCAACACCUCCUUUUCGUAUCAAAUCUGCCAGGCAGGAUGUUUUCCUUUCAAUCAUGAUCUCGUUCUACCUAUCUUUUGGUGGAUAUGAGGGACCAUCUGCUUCUGCUGUUAUCUUGAGGUUUGAGCUUAUGUAUUCCCCCGUGUCUGAAAUUAGGCCUGACUUACAUGCCUCCCUAGAUCAACGCCCUGCUGCGGUUCAUGAAUACAGAAUACCCCCUAAAGCUCUUUUGGGAUUACAUUCAUAUUGUCCUAUUCAAUUUGAUGCUUUUCAUGCUGUCCUUGUUGAUACGAGCGUGCACAUCAGUCUGCUAAGAGCUGGUUUCCGCACACCCCGACUGAAGGUACCCAGUGAUUCCCUGGCUUCACAAGGCACUCACAGUGAAGAUUCUACUCUGUCAAAUAAAGUUAUGCUCACCAAAGCAUUAACUGCUGCCCGAGACAUCCUGCUUGAAGAUCUUAGAAGAAUAAGCAAGGGAAUUGAUCAAGCUAUUGAUUGGACUGGAAUGACUUCCAAAAUGGAUUCAUUUGGAUAUGAUCCCCCAGCAGAUAUGGAAAUUAAAGAUGGGAUUGACGGAGAUUCAGAACCUGUAUCUUUGGAGUAUCUGUCAAAAUCUUUCCAGUCUCUGAGUAAUCAACUCUUAUAUCUGUGGAAUAGAUUUCUGGUAUUCCAUAGGGAAAACAAAACGAAGAUAAUGGAAUUUCUCCGUAAUUCAUGGGCCAAUGAUCGAAGAGCUGAAUGGUCAAUUUGGAUGGUUUACUCGAGAGUUGAGAUGCCUCAUCGGUAUUUGAGUAAUAGAGCUAACAGGGCAUCUUUGCAUGGUAGCUUUCUUGGAAGAUCAUUAAGUAUAAGGAGGCCAAGAGAUGAUCCUGUUCAGACUGCAUCAAUGCGUGCUGAACUUCAUCGGCGAGGUAUUGCUCACAUGAGGAUCAACAACCGCUCACUUCAAGACAUGCAUAUAUUUGGAGAUCCUUUGUGUGCUCCUAUUAUUAUUGUUGAACGCAUGACAAACAUUCUGCGUUCCACCAGUGUGAAUUCUUACUUUGAUCAUUCCGCAGAGAAAGCAAAAUAUCCUUUGGAAAAUGGAUCUAGAGCCACAAACAAAUUUUCUGCAAGUAGCCCAGAGCAAAAACAGCAUGUUUUAAGAAUAGUUGUUUUUGUACAUGGGUUUCAGGGACAUCAUUUGGAUUUACGACUUAUUCGGAAUCAGUGGCUUUUAGUAGACCCCCAUGUACAGUUUCUUAUGUCUGCAAGUAACGAAGACAGAACAUCUGGAGACUUCAGAGAAAUGGGAGCACGGCUUGCGCAGGAAGUGAUCACUUUUCUUGAAAAGAAGAUCAUUAAAUCUUCAAAAAGUGGAAGCCCAAAAGAUAUCAAGCUUAGUUUUGUUGGUCAUUCUAUUGGAAAUCUUAUUAUCCGAACUGCUUUGACAGAGAAAGUCAUGGAGCCAUAUCUAAGAUACUUGCAUACAUACGUUUCUAUGUCUGGUCCACACUUGGGUUAUAUGUACAGUUCAAACUCCAUAUUUAACUCAGGGCUUUGGCUCUUGAAGACUCUCAAUGGAGCACGAUGCAUCCAUCAGCUAACUUUUACAGACGACCCUGAUCUUGAAAACACCUUCAUCUACAAUCUUUCCAAGAAGAAGACACUGGAAAACUUCAGGAAUGUGAUACUGUUAUCAUCACCUCAGGAUGGUUAUGUUCCAUACCACUCUGCCAGAAUAGAACACUGUUCAGCAGCUUAUUUGGAUUACUCUAAAAGAGGGAAAAUCUUCUUGGAGAUGCUAAAUAAUUGCUUGGACCAACUUCGAGCUCCAUCUGAUCAUCGUGUGGUCAUGCGCUGUGACAUUAACUUCAACACCUCCUCCUAUGGCAGGAACCUAAACACACUUGUCGGACGCGCUGCUCACAUCGAGUUCUUGGAAUCUGACAUUUUUUCCAAGUUCAUAUUGUGGUCUUUCCCAGAGAUGUUUCUUUAGUCACAGGGCCAACCAGCUCAUCUGAUAUAGAAAACAAUGGUGAACUUAGCACAAGAUUUCCAGAAUAGUGGAACUGAAAAGAGUGGAUUGGAAUCAAAGGUCAGAAACUUGAUGCAAUUUUCAAAUGUUUGCUACAAGAUUUCUCCAUAGAAAGAUGUGUAUAUCUUAUACACCUUGAAGUACAUGAUUGAUCCUACCAAAAAAAAAAAAAAAAUCAUCCGCGUAGUUAUUGGAGAACUUGAUGGCAAACGGUCUAGAAAAUUUUGCCUGAAUUUCUUUCACACGAUAUCUGUACAUGCUUUUAUUAGCUUUUUAGGCUGGUAGACUCGAUGUGCAUUGUACACUCAGAAAUGGAAAUAUAAACUUUCAUUUAAGAUUUUUUACUUGUAUUUUGAUUCUUGAAUUUACAUGUAAUAAAUAUACUCAAAUAUUCCCUGGAAAUAAUGAGAAUAUAUGGGUGCUUAGUUU